CUUCUCCCGCGCCUCAGCAAAGAAAGGCAGAGGAAAACGUGUUUUUAUAAAUAGCUCCAGCCCCAGCUGAUUUGUAAAUUCAGUGGGUUUUUUGUGUCAGUGACAUCACCCUCCUCCCCAUGGCAACCCCCGACGAUAUCAAAAUUGCCAAGCAACGUUGGAGCAGCUCGGCGCCCCAAACGAGCAGGUCGCUGCUUGAGGAUUUAAAGGAGAAAUCGCAAAGUGAGCCGGGGCGCGCGGUGGAGGAGGGGCGCGCCGCGGCCGGGGCUGCCGGGCCCUGAUCGCCGCGCGGGCGGGCGGGCGGAGCGGCCGCCGCCCGCCGGGCAGCAGGGCGCCGGGCUCGGCGGCCACGCGCUCUCGGACCACGGCAGGGGAAGGGCGCUGCUCGGUCCUGCGAUGCCAGGAGCCGCCAGCUGCCAUCCAGGUGACUAAGCCGGCCCACUGGCACUGAGUCACCGCCCGCCCAGAGCUUUUCUUCUUCCCCUUUGCAUUUGAUUAUUUUGGGAGCUGGAACUUGGAGCUGCACCUGAGGACCGCCCCUUCUAGCUCUCCCCACCCUACCUUUGGCUCCAGGAAGAUGGGACUUGCAGUGAGUCCGCCGUCACCCCCUAAGGACAUGGAAGGCACUGUAGGGGCCAGCAGUGCCUGGGGGGCCAUGGCAGCCAGCAGAGUGCCACAGCAGAUAUGGUGAUCAGGCUGCCCAAGCGUCCUCCGGCUGGCUUUGAACUCACCUCCCAGGGGAUGAGUCUGUAAAGGAGUGGCUUCUCUGGUCGGAGCAGCAUUUGGAGAGAGAGGCUGGAUUGGGUUAGACUGGCCUGGACAGGGUGCGCCGCUUCCUGGGCUAGAGACAAGCACCAGCCUGUAGUGGAAGAGGGUGAGGCCCAGCUGCCCAGGAGGAGCGGCCAAGGCCUGCGGAGGACUGGCCCAGGAAGGUCCUUGGUCUUCCCUCUCCUCAACGCCUAAGAGAGCCGCCCACUGAAGGGCGAGGAGGCAGAGGAAGAAGAGGCGGAGGGAGGAAGGCGCGGGGAGGCGGUGCUGCUUAGGGCAGAGGAAGCCUUUGGCUUGAAGCUUCCAGUUCUGUCUCAGCUCUACAUAGCUGUGUGAUCAAGGCAGGCACCAUGUUCCGCAAAAAAAAGAAGAAACGCCCUGAGAUCUCAGCCCCACAGAACUUCCAGCACCGUGUCCACACCUCCUUCGACCCCAAAGAAGGCAAGUUUGUGGGCCUUCCACCACAAUGGCAGAACAUUCUGGACACACUGCGCCGCCCCAAGCCUGUGGUAGAUCCUUCGCGCAUCACGCGGGUGCAGCUCCAGCCCAUGAAGACAGUGGUGAGGGGCAGCUCAGUGCCCAUGGAUGGUUACAUCUCGGGGCUGCUCAAUGAUAUCCAAAAGUUGUCAGUCAUCAGCUCUAAUACCCUGCGUGGCCGCAGCCCCACCAGCCGGCGACGAGCACAGUCCCUGGGGCUGCUAGGAGAUGAGCAGUGGGCCACUGACCCAGACAUGUACCUCCAGAGCCCCCAGUCUGAGCGCACUGACCCCCACAGCCUCUACCUCAGCUGCAGCGGGGACACACCAGCAGGCCACAAGCAAAUGCCAUGGCCCGAGCCACAGAGCCCAGGGGUCCUGCCCAAUGGGCUGGCCACAAAGGCACAGUCCCUGGGCCCUGUGGAGUUCCAAGGUACCUCACAGCACUGCCUACAGCUGGGUGCCUGCCUACAGAAUUCCCCACCAGGCGCCUCACCCACCCUGGCUGCGGGUAGGCGUGGGAUGAAGUCUGCCAAGCAUGAUUCAGAGGAGGCCCGGCCACAGUCCUGCCUGGUGGGCCCGGCCACAGGCAGGUCAGGUGGGGAGGGCAGCCCUAGCCCUAAGACCCAGGAGAGCAGCCUUAAGCGCAGACUAUUCCGAAGCAUGUUCCUGUCCACUCCUGCCACAGGCCCUCUGAGCAGCAGCAAGCCGGGCCCUCCACUACAGAGCAAGCCCAACUCCUGUUUCCGUCUGCCACAGAAAGACUCCUCACCAAGCCUAGUGGCCAAGGCUCAGUCUUUGCCCUCGGACCAGCCAGUGGGGACCUUUAGCCCUCUAACCACCUCAGAUACCAGCAGCAGCCCCCAGAAGUCCCUUCGCACAGGCCCAGCUGCCGGCCCACUUCCAGGCCGGUCCUCCCCCGCAGGCUCCCCUCGCACCCGGCAUGCCCAGAUCAGCACCAGCAAUCUGUACCUGCCCCAGGACCCGAUUGUGACCAAGGGUUUUCGGGCUGGUGAGGACACGGGUGUUGUGACACAUGAGCAGUUCAAGGCUGCACUCAGGAUGGUGGUAGACCAGGGUGACCCCCGGCUGCUGCUAGACAGCUACGUGAAGAUUGGUGAGGGCUCCACAGGCAUUGUCUGCCUGGCCCGGGAGAAGCACUCGGGCCGCCAGGUGGCUGUCAAGAUGAUGGACCUCAGGAAGCAGCAGCGCAGGGAGCUGCUCUUUAAUGAGGUGGUAAUCAUGCGGGACUACCAGCAUGUCAACGUGGUGGAGAUGUACAAGAGCUACCUGGUGGGCGAGGAGCUGUGGGUGCUUAUGGAGUUCCUGCAGGGCGGCGCCCUCACAGACAUCAUCUCCCAAGUCAGGCUGAAUGAAGAGCAAAUUGCUACUGUGUGCGAGGCUGUGCUGCAGGCCCUGGCUUACCUGCAUGCCCAGGGUGUCAUCCACCGAGACAUCAAGAGUGACUCCAUUCUGUUGACCCUUGAUGGCAGGGUGAAGCUCUCAGACUUUGGAUUCUGUGCUCAGAUCAGCAAAGAUGUCCCUAAGAGGAAGUCUCUGGUGGGGACUCCUUACUGGAUGGCUCCUGAAGUGAUCUCCAGGUCUUUGUAUGCCACUGAGGUGGACAUCUGGUCUAUGGGCAUCAUGGUGAUUGAGAUGGUGGAUGGGGAGCCACCCUACUUCAGUGACUCUCCAGUGCAAGCCAUGAAGAGGCUCCGGGACAACCCCCCACCCAAGCUGAAAAACUCUCACAAGGUCUCCCCAGUGCUGCGAGACUUCCUGGAACGGAUGCUGAUGCGGGACCCCCAAGAGAGAGCCACAGCUCAGGAGCUCCUGGACCACCCUUUCCUGCUGCAGACGGGGCUGCCCGAGUGCCUGGUGCCCCUGAUCCAGCUCUACCGCAAGCAGACCUCUACCUGCUGAGCCCAUCCCAAGUGCACCUGCCACCUAUGUCCAUAGGCAGGGGACACUGGGCAGCCAGCCUGCAGGCAGGGCCUGCCUGCCUCAUUCUCUCAGUAUUCUCUCCAAAGAUUGAAUGUGAAGUCCCACCCCACCCUCCUACCCCUCAGCCCACUGGGCCAGGCCGGACCUGCCCCCUCAGUCCCUCUUUCUCCCCAGAAUCCCCAGUUGCCUUUGGAAUGAUGGAGACCCCUACUACAAGAUGACCCCUUGUUAUUUGCACAGGGAUAUUUCUAAGAAACGCAGAGACUGGCACUCCUGGCCACUGGGGCCAACACAGCAGAAAAAGUUGCUGUGGUUUUUUUAAAGUAGCAUCCCAGGCCACCAUAGAGGACAGACCGACUGUCUUCACACGAAUACUUGCUGUUCUCAGCUCCAGCUUCAAACCUUGGGAUCUCAAGAAGGAUACAGGGAAGAUUUUUAUUACCUGACUCCCUCUUCCUCCCUGUGUCUGACCUCCUGAAGGCACAAUCCCACUGCACUUCUUCUGACCACCUGCACUGCCUCUCCCCACAUGGCCUGCUCAGAACUGAGAAUGGCCAGCUCACAGGCCAUGGGAGGGUGGGAGACAUUUGCUAAAUGAAAGAGAAAGAAUGGGGUUGGUGGUCUCUUUUUACAGGAUGGAGAAAACAUUGUGUGUGGGUGUGGGGGGGUGUGAUGUGUGUGUGUGUGAGAGAGAGAGAGAGUGUGU